UCUGGCUCAUACACGAUCUGUGCGCGGCUGCACAGCUCUCAUGCCUGCUGUUGUAUCUGACUCCGGGAGGAUGGACGGUGUGUCGUUGGGUCUGGUGGCCACACCGGCCUCGCCGCGUCCACACUGUAACACAGACUCAGAGGAGGACACGGUGAAUGGAGGGAUGCACACCUUCAACCAGACCCACAUGAGGAAGGCAUUCCAGCUGAUGAACGAACUGAGGAGUAAAAAGAUGCUGUGCGACGUCCAGCUGGUGGCGGGGAGUGUUGAGGUGCCGGCUCACAGGGUGGUCCUGGCGUCCUGUAGCCCCUACUUCUGUGCCAUGUUCACAGGUGAUAUGAGUGAGAGCAAAGCCCAUCAGGUGGAGAUCAGAGAGGUGGACGGACAGACUCUGAGGAAGCUGGUGGACUACAUCUACACGGCUGAGAUAGAGGUCACGGAGGACAACGUCCAGGUUCUGCUGCCAGCAGCCAGCCUCCUCCAGCUGAUGGAUGUUCGUCAGGUUUGUUGCGAGUUCCUGCAGUCUCAACUUCACCCUUCCAACUGUCUGGGCAUCAGAGCCUUCGCUGACCUGCACACAUGCACGCAGCUUCUCAACCAGGCCCACGCAUACGCCGAGCAGCAUUUCUGUGAGGUGGUGCAGGGAGAGGAGUUUCUGAGCCUUUCUCUGCAGCAGGUGUGCAGCCUCAUCGCCAGCGACAAACUCACUGUUUCCACGGAGGAGAAGGUGUUUGAGGCGAUGAUAUCUUGGAUCAAGAAUGAUAAGCCAGCUCGUCUGGAGUACAUGCCCAAACUGAUGGAGCAUGUCAGACUUCCACUCCUGUCCAGGGAUUACCUGGUACAGAUCGUUGAGGAAGAGGCUUUGAUAAAGAACAACAACACCUGCAAAGAUUUCCUCAUAGAAGCAAUGAAGUAUCACCUGCUGCCAGCUGACCAGCGGCACCUCAUCAAGACAGACAGGACACGACCACGAACUCCUAUCAGCAUCCCAAAGGUGAUGAUUGUGGUGGGCGGUCAAGCUCCGAAGGCGAUCCGCAGUGUGGAGUGUUACGACUUCCAGGAAGAUCGAUGGUACCAGGUAGCCGACCUGCCUUCAAGACGCUGCCGGGCAGGUGUGGUGUCCAUGGGAGGUCGUGUGUACGCAGUCGGGGGGUUCAACAGUUCACUGCGGGAACGAACGGUGGACGUGUACGACGGAGUGAGAGACCAGUGGAGUGCAGUGGCGAGCAUGCAGGAGAGACGCAGCACUCUGGGAGCUGCUGUGUUGGGGGAUUUACUGUACGCUGUCGGGGGCUUCAACGGCAGCAUAGGUUUGUCCACAGUAGAAGCCCACAAUUAUAAAACCAACGAGUGGAUAUAUGUCGCCUCCAUGAACACCAGGCGCAGCAGUGUGGGUGUAGGGGUGGUCGAUGGUGUGUGUGCAUCUGUAGGUAAGCUCUAUGCAGUGGGAGGAUACGAUGGAGCAUCUCGUCAGUGUCUCAGUACAGUGGAAGAGUACGACCCUGUCAGCGAUCAGUGGUGCUACGUAGCUGACAUGAGCACACGCCGCAGUGGAGCAGGGGUGGGUGUGUUGAACGGUCUGCUGUACGCAGCAGGAGGACAUGACGGUCCUCUCGUGAGGAAGAGCGUCGAGGUGUACGACCCACAGAGCAACACGUGGCGACUGGUUUCUGACAUGAACAUGUGCCGACGAAACGCAGGCGUCUGUGCCAUCAACGGGCUGCUGUACGUGAUCGGAGGAGACGACGGCUCCUGUAACCUCUCCUCUGUAGAGUUUUACAACCCGGCCACAGACAAGUGGAGCCUCAUCCCCACAAACAUGAGCAACGGACGCAGCUACGCAGGAGUCGCAGUGAUUGACAAGCCGUUAUGACCAGAGGCCUCCCACAGCAUCAGCUCGGUGUCAUCAGCCAGUUCCACAGAGACUCACACUGACGUCUGAAUCAGUCCAAAUGGAUGGGACGCCCUCAAUCCUCAGCUGACUUAAUCAAGGAGGAAGAGGAGGAGGAGGAGGAGGACCUUUUUUGGCGCUAAACCACAAACUGAUUUUGUUGCUUUGCCCAUUUCUGUCACUGAGAUCCUGACUUUUAAAGGACACUGUUGCACUGGAUACGAAACAGUAGCCACAGGAGAGUCUGAGGCUUCUGAGAACUUUGUCUUGGUGAGUUUUACAAAUGCCAAGCACAUAAAGAGAGGCUGUAUCAGCUGACGUAAGACUCAGACACUGAUGUCGGAGGGACUUUGAUGAGCCAAACGCAGCAACAUUUAGAUGCUCAGUGGGUCAUGGCAGCGUUCAUGUGAUGGACUAAAUCAAACCUGGAAAACUGAAUACUUUAAAUUACUGGCUUGCUGUUUUCUGGCCGACGUCAGUGUUAACAGUGUUGCUGCAGUUAUGAGGACUUUGCAAUAUUGGCUUGUGAUUGGCUGUUGCAGGAGCAUUAUCCAAUUUCCUGGAAACCUGGGCAUGCUGUGGGAGAUUUUUUUUAAAUCAUGAAACAUUUGCCAGAGUUCCUUGAAUACAAAUCAGCUUACGGCAACUAUUUUUGAGACCGAAGUCGUUGGAUUCCUGCGCCAACUGUUGAGUGGUUAGCAAAAAGCUGCCAGCUGCCAGAGUGCGUUUGCUCUGAACGUGGAUGCCUGGAUCUACAGAGCUGCGAGACAAUUCGAAGAAUGUAGAAAACAUCUUAUAUGCAAAUCAUAUUUAAUAUUUUUCAGAUUGUUUUUAAAGAGGUGGAGAACCACUUGCUGUGGCUUUAGACCAGUUGAUCUGAUUGGACGCAGCAGGACUUGAGUCUGUUGUCGACACACUACUGAUGCACUGAUCGCUUGCACUGACUGAUACAGAGCGGCAGGCUGUCUGUCUGACUCACCGAUGCAGCGGGGCCGGACGUCUGCCCGUCUCUCUGACUGACCAACUGGAUGACUGACCUGCUGUCUGUCUGUCUCAUAGGAGCAUUUGAACUCACCACUUUAAGGCCAAUAAUUUCAUCAGAAAUUGUAAAAAAAAAAAAAAAAAAAAAAAAAAAAAAAGUGCCAGUUACGCUGAUCAGAAUAAUGCUGGAGUCACAUGGUGUUUUUAUCUCUUAGUAACAAACUGAAAUGACGAAUCAUAACUGCCUGUUGUCUAAGGGAGCGUGUCAAAAUGCACUGUAGAAACCCAAUUGUAAAAUUCUAAUGUAAAAGAUGCAGGUUUAAGAUUUUCUAUUUAUUGUUUUGGGAUAUUUGAUCACAGCAUUUAUUCACAUCAAAGUGAGGUUCUCAUUUAAUUUUCUCUGCCUCGUUGUGUUAACACUCUGUGUUCCACUCACACUCAUCCAGACGAUGACAGUGGGUGUGUUUUAGAUGUAGUUAUUUAGCCGGUGCCAUAGCUUUUGAAAGAGAAGAGAUUUAUAGGAGCUGCUUCAUGAACCAAGUUCUCAGCUGGACUUUUCAUUUCUGCCUGCAAUCUUCCGGGAAUCAUGGACGGGGUCAACUGUCGUCUCAAAGCCCUCUGACAGAAAGUAAAAUACUCAAAAAAAGACCAUACUGUUGUUUUUGUAUGUUAAGUCAGAUUUACAGGUCAUGUUUACGACAUUAGCCCCGCCUCAUUUAGACUGAUGAAUGUGUUUUUCAUGUCAUCCACCUCCAGCUCUUAUGAUCACAGUUUAAAAUGUCUUGAAAUUCACUCGACAUGCUUCUGCUGAUCACUGUGAAUUUGAAGUUUACACACUCACAAUUGUAGUUCUAACAUUUUGGCAUGUUUCAUGAUGAAGACAGGUUUUUAUCUUGAAACAUUAUUUACUAAAAAGCUCCUUACUGUGUGCCCAGACACGUUCUCCAGAUCCCACUACGAAUUAUUGACAGUUACUGUGCAGUAAUGCAGAUGAACAGUACUGAUUGUUUGGUGCGUUCAUGUGUCUGCAGGUGGGAUGUGCAUGUAAUCGCAAUUUAGGAAAAAUCUAAAAACGAAAGUUAAGCAUGGAGUGAGAUUAGCAACCUUUAUUUUACAAAUUUGGAGGCAAAAUUUAAAGUCAAGCACUGCAGCAUCCAUUCAUUCACCAUUUCCCACAUUAGAGACACUUGAAAGUUAAUUAAACUAAUAACACAUUCGAAUAAAGAAUCAGAAUUAAGAAUCAUCGUCAUUCAUGAUGAUGAUGAUGAUGAUGAUGCCCUGUAUCAAAGGUGAAAUGUGGUAUUUAUUUAUCACACCAUAAACACUACUUUUUUGUUCUCUUGUGGCAAUUUUUGAGGCACUAAAUGGAGCAUUAAUUCCACUCUGAGAAUCUGACACUUAAACAAAAUGGUGGAUCGUACAAAAAAACAAUCCAAACGCCAGAAUAAAUGUUGGUAUCGUAUGUUUAUGCAAAUCACAGAUAUGUUACAAUUGUACGUUAUUUUGUAGCAGAUAAUGUCGAAACUUUACAUUUCUUUAUGUGACAACAACGCUGUGUUGAAGGUGUGGAUAUUUUUAGGCACAAAAACACUUCGUAAUGCUUAGUAAAAGAUCAUGUUCUGGCUUAAAAUCCCCAGUUUUGUUGCACUAUCCUGUCCCAGAAAAUGCAGCAAUGGCUCAGGUACCAAAAAACGAAACGCUUUUUGAGGUUCUAUCCCAGGUGGAAACACAGCGACUGGUCACCAGAAAACACCCACGUAUGGUAGCAAAUAAAAAGCUUGAAACAUAGCAACGAUUCACAAAAGACAACCACUUUUGUUGGUCUGGAACAGAGGUCUGCAGCUUGGCACAUGUCCCACCUCUCACGUCUUGCCAUCUUGCUAACCCUGACCUCUUAACUCUAACCCCUGACACAUCUCCAUCUCUGUCUAGGUGUCACACCGUCCUCCAUCCCCUCCAUCUCCCAAAGAAAGAGUCAGCUUAUACACGUAGAUAUGAUACGUAUGAAACAUACAAAUGUAACGUAUCCAUCAUUUGCAGAAACAUAGUAUACCAACAUUUUCCUCUCAUGACUGAGCUGAAAUAAGUAGAGUGAUUUCAAGCAUAGCCGAGCACGUUAAAGCUUUCUGUCAGCACCUGAAGCCACCAGAGUGAAAACAUUUUUCUAUAUAUAUAGUUUCUUUACUGCACCCCUGCUCCCUAAAAUAAAAAGCACUCAUACUUCACUAUUCAAGUCUGAAUCAGUUGAUCAAAUGGAAGUCAGCAGCUGCCUGGGCUGCAGGAAAAAUACAUUUUCAGUCUAAAAGCACUGUUUUACUGUAGACUAUAAUCAACAGGAAGUCAUGACUAUAUGCAAUCUGAUAUAGACUGGAUAAACAUGCAAACAAACACCAGUAUGGCUGAAGUUCAUAGUUCAUUCUUGACAGAAAGAAACACAAGUUGACAAAACAAUUUCACUUCAGAGUCCAUUUAGUGGCUGUUCUGGAGCUUUUCACCAUCACACGACCUUCAUUAGAAGAUAGAUGCUCAGGCUCAGGCUCAGUGAUCCAGAGCACCUUCGUAGGAUUUCUCUUCCAGGUUGACUUUAAAUCUAACCUCAGUCGGCAAAGACUCAGUUGAAAGCUCCAGAGCAGCUACUAAAUGGACCUCAGAGUAGAUUAUUUUUGGGUCGAGGAGUAUGGUGUGGAAGUUUUCAGAUGAAUAAUGUUCUUACUAAGUGCAGAUGUUAUAUUUUUUAAUAUAAACUGUGGAUGUUGUGAACUAAACAGCUGAUAUUGUGAGUUCAUUAACUGUUGUGUGUUUGAGAGACGGUGCGGUUUGUGACGGUUGAACUUUUAUACAUUAAUAGUUGAAGCUUGUGCACUGAACUUACAGGUGAUCUGUAAACCUUCAAACUUGAAAUGAUUUGAAUUAACAACAGAUACUAAGCAGGCUUACUUUGCAAAAAAGAAGAAAAAAAUCAAAACUGACUUCUGUGCUUCUUUUGUCUGAAAUUGUAAAAUGAUGCAUUUUUUGUCACUCGAAAGUUUCCUUUGUGUUGAACAUGAACACAGGGAGUUUCCCUUUAGAGCACAUUGGAGCUGAUGGACAUUGUUCAGUCAGUGUGGAGUGAGCAGGCGAUGGUUUACUUUGAAGAGUCUGCAGAUUAUAAUUCAAGUGAAGAAGAUGUUGCUUUGAUGGAAAAUGUCCAUUAACAAUAGAGUUUGGUUACAUACAAUAACACCUGAGCUGAAGUAAAAGUACAGCUGAUGUGUCAAGCUAACGACAGCACAAAAUACAAUAAAAUAUAUAUUUUAAGGACAGUGGGAAAACUUCAUUUCUAGGUCUCUUACUCUUACCCGUACACCCAAACAUACCCUAUAAUAUAAGUAAUAUUGAAUUUUAUUAUUGUGAAAUAUAAUUAUGAAUACCUUCAGGUGAUGCUCAGUAUUUGGUAAGAAAGUCAUAAGAAAAUACUUCCUUCUUCACUAAGAAGCUGAAAAUUCAUCACACUUUACUCAGCAGCGCUCAAGACAGUUUCUUAAAACCACUAAUGUUUUAUGUUUUAGUUAACACUAAAACUGUGUUUAUUUUAUAGCUGGUCUUGUAAUGACUGCGCCCAUGUUCUUAAAUGUAAUAAUUCAUAUUUCCUAUGUCACAUUAUAGGUUUAAAAAUACAUUUUUAAUGUUUUUCUAAGAGAUUUAACGGGCUGUUAAAGGGUAACUUUGGUAUUUUUCUACCUGGACCCUGUCUUUCUGUAACUAAUAUGAACAGUCAUGUUUGAAAUUGGUACAGUACCGAGAGAAAACGCCACAGCCGACAGCAAGA